AGAGUGACGUCACGGGGCGAGGGGCAAGAGGUGGAGUCAUAGAGACUUGGCCUCSGGCCCUUCUAGCUCGAAGGGCCAAGGGAGGAAUUGGGAAGGAACUGGGAGGACCUGGGCGGCCGUUCCCGGGAGCCCGGCCGAGGAGGUCUCUUUGUUAAAAUUGUUCACAGAAAAAUAAAUAUGGCAUUCAACAGUUGUAAUUCAGUCUUAGCUAUUGUCCGUACAAGAUUCCCUAGCCAUUUUGUCCAUCCUAUCUGCUCUUAUUCCCCAUCACUUGCAUUUCUUCACUUGCCAGAUUCUCAUUUAAAUAAGACAUAUAUGAAGAACUAUAGAAGCAAGAAGUACUGUUAUCCCAGUCAGUCAGGCAAUAAAAUACUUCAUUUACGAACUAGGCCAAUACAAAAGUUACACACAUCAGCUUGCUGGCUACAACAGAACCCUGGUAAACCUCAGCUGGAGCAAACCCCAGAAAAGGCAAAGGUGAUAAGCCCUCAGACCACAGAAGAAAUUGGGAUAAAUAUUAAAGAAGGAAAGCGAUCUCUCAGACAAAAAAUUAUGGAUGAACUUAAAUAUUAUUACAACGGAUUCUACUUACUUUGGAUUGACACCAAAAUUGCUGCCAAAAUGGCUUGGAGGCUACUUCAUGGACAGGUGCUGACCAGACGAGAGAGACGACGGCUAUUGAGAACUUGUGCCGAUUUCUUCCGCUUGGUUCCAUUUAUGGUAUUCAUAAUUGUACCUUUCAUGGAAUUCUUGAUACCAGUGUUUCUGAAACUCUUCCCAGAGAUGUUGCCAUCAACUUUUGAAAGUGAAUCCAAAAAGGAAGAAAAACAGAAAAAGAAAAUGGCUGCAAAACUGGAAGUAGCAAAAUUCCUUCAAGAAACAAUUACAGAAAUGGCAAGGAGGAACAGAGCCAAUAUGGGAGAUGAUUCUACACAGCUAUCAUCCUAUGUAAAACAGGUCCAGACAGGCCACAAACCCAGCACAAAGGAGAUAGUUCGCUUUUCCAAAUUCUUUGAGGAUCAGCUACCCCUGGAGCACUUAGAUCGACCUCAGCUGGUUGCCCUUUGUAAACUGCUAGAAUUGCAGACCUUUGGAACCAACAAUUUGCUCCGCUUUCAGCUCCUGAUGACAUUGAAGUCUAUAAAAGCAGAUGAUAAAAUAAUUGCCAAAGAAGGGGUGAAGACUUUGAGUGUGUCAGAACUACAAUCUGCUUGUAGGGCCCGAGGGAUGAGAUCACUGGGUCUUACUGAGGAACAACUUCAACAACAGCUCACAGAGUGGCUGGACCUCCACCUGAAGGAGAAUGUCCCUCCUUCCCUUCUGCUCCUAUCGCGCACCUUCUACUUGAUAGAUGUGAAACCAAAGCCAAUUGAAAUACCACAAAGUGGAGAAGUUCCAAAGACAGACAAUCCUGUGGAAUCACCUACUUCUCCUGACUCCAAAGAGGACACGGUAGAUUCUGCACCUCAAUUGAAGGGAACUAAGGAUGAAGAAUUUACACAACUGCCAWUAGUACCAUCAUCACCCAUAACACUAUCAACACCUAUUUCAUUACCCACUACUUCUUCUAAAGAAGCUACACUCCAGGCCAAAUCACAGAAGACAUCCCAGAACAGCAUGGCUAAUUCAAAAGGAGCCUAAGAACUACUUGAGGAUGGAGCUCCCUCCCUCCAGCUAUCAGCCCUCAGCAGUGGCACCCAUGAAGGACCUCAGGCUAAGACAGUAUCUGGUUUGAGACAGAGGAUCAGCCAUUUAGUCCUUGGAGCAGUCCUUUGGGGCCUUGUAACCAUUCCAGAUGAUGUCAGCAGUGACACCAAGUUCAGGCCAUUUAGAGAAAUGUAAUUGCAAAGUCAUUUCCUCUGUACCAUUAUGUCAUCCCACUAAACUGUAAAGCCCACCCCC